GCAUAUGCUACGAGAACAGCGCGUAGGCAAUCACAGAACGUGAGAUGAAUCAUGUGAUUUUUACUUAAUCAUCCACGGGGAAACACCGUUCAGAGUAAAUCAUUUAGUGUCUAUGUUGCGUCAUGUGCGAGCUAUCCUGAUUCCCAAGGAGUGGAGUGUGCAAAUGUCAAGUACACCGUGAUUAAAUGAGAAAUAGUCGCAACGAUAGUGCAUAUUGACGAACAUUGACAUGACGUGAAUUGCCCUCACGUUCAUAAAUCAAAGAUUUGCCCUUUGAGCUGCGGAUGACAUUCUGGGCGGAGCAGUAGCAGGUCAGCCGAGCAAACAGGGACGCGUCCCCGAUCCCGCCGCGAACCUGCGUCACCAGCUGACGUGGCGCCUCACCAGCGGCGCCUGGAGGGCGUGACCGGCUGCCGUCUUUAACACCCGCCGCGCCGUGCGAGCGUCGCCCGUGUUCGCCAUGACGAACACGUUCGCGGGGGGCACGGCGGCCGUGCCCGUGAUGCAGGUGGAGCUCACUCUCUCAUGCCGCAACCUGGCCGACAUGGACGUGUUCUCCAAGUCGGACCCGAUGGUGGUCGUGUCGCUGGCGCCGUUCGGCUCGGCCGGCCGCGACAAACACUGGACCGAGUACAAGCGCACCGAGGUGGUCGCGGACAACCUCAACCCGGACUUCGCCACCAAGGUGCCCAUCGCCUACCACUUCGAGGAGCAGCAGUACCUCAGGUUUGACGUGUACGACGUGGACUCUGGCUCGGCGCGGCUGGCGGAGCACGACUUCCUGGGACGGCGCGAGUGCACGCUGGGCGAGCUGGUCAGCAGCCGCGUCUCGGAGCUGGCGCUGCAGGGCGGCCCGGCCGGCAGCCGCGGCACGCUGCUCGUGCACGCCGAGGAGCUGCUGGCCAGCAAGGAGCUGGCCGUGCUGCAGUUCGCCGGCCGCAAGCUCGACAAGAAGGACUGGCUGUGGGGCAAGUCCGACCCGUACCUGGAGCUGUUCAAGAGCACGGAGGAGGGCCAGUGGGUGCUGGUGUGUCGGACAGAGGUGGUGAAGCGCACGCUGAACCCCGACUGGCGGCCGCUGGAGGUGUCCGUGGCCUCGCUCUGCAACGGCGACUACCACCGCAGCGUGCGCGCUGUCUGCUGGGACUGGAACUCGAACGGCACGCCCGACCUCAUCGGCGAGUGCUUCUUCACGCUGAACGAGCUGAAGCAGGCGGGCAGGGGCGCCGCCUUCCCCUGCAUCAACAAAGAGAAGCAGGCGCGUAAGGGCAGUUCGUACCAGAACUCUGGCCAGAUAUUCCUGCAGAAUCUGGAGAUCCGCACUCAGCACACGUUCCUGGACUACAUUCAGGGCGGCACCGAGCUGGCCUGCACCAUCGCAAUCGACUUCACCGCGUCCAACGGUAAUCCGAUGUCGCCCGACUCGCUGCAUUACCUGGGCCGGGACGCCACGGGCCAGCUGCGUAACCCGUACGUCACGGCGCUGCGGGCCGUGGGCCAGAUCAUCCAGGACUACGACAGCGACAAGCAGUUCCCGGUGCUGGGCUUCGGCGCGCGCGUGCCGCCCAACGGCGUGGUCAACCACGAGUUCUACGUCAACCUGGGCGCGGCCGACCCCUUCUGCUACGCCGUGGAAGGGGUGGUGGCCGCCUACCAGAAGUGCCUGCCACAGAUCCAGCUGUACGGCCCCACCAACUUCGCACCCGUCAUCAACCACGUGGCUAACUUCGCGCGGCAGUACCGUGACGGCUCGCAGUACUUCAUUCUGCUCAUCAUCACCGACGGCGUCAUCACAGACAUGCCGCAGACCAAGCAGGCUAUCGUGCAAGCCUCGUCACUGCCGCUGUCCAUCAUCAUCGUGGGCGUGGGCGACGCCGAGUUCGACGCCAUGGAGGAGCUGGACGGCGACGAGGUGCGCCUCUCGGCCGGCGGCCGCGUCGCCGAGCGCGACAUCGUCCAGUUCGUGCCGCUGCGCGCGUUCGCCGGCGCCGACCCGGCCACCGUUAGGACGCGGCUGGCGCGCGAGGUGCUGGCAGAGGUGCCCACCCAGUUCCUCGGCUACAUGCGUGCCAACAGGCUGACACCGCAGCCGCCACGCGACGCUCCUGUCCUUCUGCCGCCCGAUCCCAGCCUGCUGUAGGAGGAGUGUUGUAGUCCGGGCCGGGCGUCCCCAGCGAGGCGCUCUGGUGGGGACGGGGCAGGGACCACCGGCCGGGUGUCGUGUCCUCUGAUACCCAAAGUGUGGGUGGCCAUUUCCUGGUGGUGGGUCCGGCUUAUCUGUCUCCCCCCCCCCCCCCCCCCGUGUCCGUACUUAUUUGUAUCUGUGUACUUAUACUCCAAUUGAUGUGCAAUUCUCGUCCCCGUCUUUACGUGCGUGUGUGUGUGUGUGUGUGUGUGUGUCUGUGGCAGCGGCGCUGCCCCGGUGUCGGCAGCCUCGUCCAUGGGUCCAGCUCGUACUCCUCAGUAUCCGGCGCGCCGUUGUUGGUCGAAGGCCGGAGACCUCUUGGUCCGACCAAGUCGUGUUGCUCCUGCCGCAAAAUGGGCCAGUUCAGGUGUUCCUUGUCGCAAAUAGCUUGAGUUCACGUAGCGAACUCGUGUCGGCCGUCGGCUAGCCUGUGUGGAAACAUUUACCUGGGGCACUGAUUCUGGGCUUUUGGCUGUACAUGUUAUGUUUUACGAGCCGGCCGAGCCGUCUACUGCUGGCUCAGGUUACCCUGGUGCCCAGACGUGUGAGGAAGGUCGUGUUGUGGGAGCCACCCGCUCUGCGCCCUGUGCUUAGUGCGCGUCAGUGGCGUGGGCAGGUUCUUUUGACCUGCUGUUGUUAAGCUGUCAUGAUCGUCCCUCUUUGGAGCAGGGGCCGCACCUGUCGCCCCAGCGUUUACGGUCGUUUCCCGCCGUGGAUGUUUAACUGACGUUUUCCGGGUGGAUGGGCCCCUCGGAGAUGACCUGUUCGGUCAGCAGGGAAUGGUGCCGGGGUUUGUGUUUAAGGCGGGACCACUGGUCGCUGGCCUGGCUGGAGAAGGACAGUCCGUGGAGUACCGGCAUGAGGUGGAAGCACCCUCGUCGGUUCCCCAGGUUGUCACGUGUACCCGUUUGCGCCACGUGGGCGGCUGAGGGGCCCCGCACGCGUCCGACAGCGCCGGCUGUGCGCCGCGUGGUUCGUGCCGUGCGACGUGGGACGGUGGGCGCUCUGAUGUGAGGCUCAGAAGUGGUGUGAUGUGGCGGCCCGGGCUGAGCGUGACCCGCCGCCUCCACCUGCCAGUGAUGUGGUGGCCCGGGCUGAGCGUGAGCCGCUGCCGCCGCCCGCCCAUGAUGUGGUGGCCCGGGCUGAGCAUAAUCCGCUGCCGCCGCCCGCCCCGUGAUGUGGCGGCCCGGGCUGAGCGUGAGCCGCUGCCGACGCCCGUCCUUCGACCAGGCGUCGGCCGGACGACUGGAUCCACAAUAGCGACCAUGUCAAAUAUCCAUGGAAUUCCAAUGUGCAUACACGAUGAGCGAUAUUCGAUACAAAUCAGAGGUGAUGUCUACAAGUUAGUUUAAGGUCCGAUCCCCGUUCUGUGUGCUCACACUAUCACAUUUGCCUGUGGCCAGCGCUCCUGCCAGCCUCACUGGGCUUUGACGACCAUUUCAUCGGGGACAAAGCAUGUUAUAUAUGAAGACCGUGCUCAUCACUCGUGCAAACUUCCUCCGUUGCCUACGUGAUACAACUGGUUGCCUUUCCCGCCUCUAUUUCUUAGUCGUGGCAAGCUCGGUCACCGUUUGUGCGCCGGUUACGCUGUGUGCUGCUGAUCCGCCCUCCCGGUCAGCGAUCGACUCCUGCUGAUAAUCUCUGGGAACCCGCGCGUUAGAGGGCUAGAUCUGGCGCUAGCAGCUUCCAUGUGUGUGCAAUAACACGCGUAAAACGCACAAAACACGGGCUUAUCGUCCGUGCGCCAUCUGUGGCUACGCUUACAUAGCUGGAUUAUUAGUCGAACCACGGCCAAAUCGCAGUGGAUGUAGUAGUGGAUGAUGGAACCACGGCCAAAUCGCGCCGCCAUGCUAGUCACGAACGUGUUUCUUUUUAAGUCACGUGGUUGUUCUA